AUACAGAGUACUCCUAAUAAUCCUUAAGCUAGGCCUAGUUUAAGAUAAAAGGGUUUUGGAAAUCUUAAACUUACCUUCACUUAAGGCCAACCAAAAACCGACAGCGUAGUGUUCACUGUUGGGUGGGUGGUACCCCCAAACGAGUAGGUACUCAAGUUUGGUUCUUGGAUCCCGUAUUGGGGCGGGCUAAAGUCUGCCACAUUGUGGAUGCCGUCUCCCCCGCUCUAUUCACGUAAGGGAGAAUCCAAUCCUGGUACACAGUAGAGGCGUAGAAAGAUAGAUAGAAGAUGAAUCGAAGUCAUGGAACAAGGAACAAAGUGCAGAGGAAGUUCAAAAUGAGGGGCUACACUCUCAAAGUGGAUGCCCUGUCAGAGGUCUUCUUCUUCCUAGACCGAUUCCCAUCCGAAGCACACGACGAAGCACUCAACCUCCUUCUAGACGAGCUACACCACCUUUCCUUGAAAUCGGCCAUUCUAGACAAAGAGCCGGUGCACAAAGUUGUGAGCCUAUUACUGGAAGCAGACGCCGCCAUUGAGGAAAACCCUGGUAGCUCAUGCUCUUCAGCACUGGCACUUCGAGUAAUUGAUUCUUUUGAUGCCCCAAAAUUGAGAUAUGAUCCAGUCAAGAAAAUCUUUUACGAGCAUGCAGGUAGGCUUCCUAUUCAUGGUGAUGCCACUGCAAAGGCCAACUUAUACAAGGACAGGUUCCUGAUGUUAUUCCAAAGACUUUCUCGUGAUUCUCAGUUUUCCAAGCCUUGUUUUAGGAGUACUAUGUCUGAGUAUGGCAGCUGCGAAAUAUCUUCAAUCCAAUCUCUGGUUGGGCAGAUAGGAAGAAAAUGGAUAAUGGGUUUAAUAUCUCAAUUGGAAGAUGAUCAUUUCCUCUUGGAAGACCUUACAGCAGCAGUUGAAGUUAAUUUAUCUGAUGCAAUAUCCUUUUUUUCCCUUCUUGAAGCUUAUCUUUGUUAUUGCUUUUUAAUGAUAAACGAUCUUAUUAAAUCUUCAAUGAAAAGGAUAAUGAUCUUCCACAAUAUGAUUUUAAUUAAUUUACAGUUUGGUUUGCUGAUUAUUAAAGCUAAAAAAUUUCAAGAAAUUCCCUCUAAAGUUCUAUGUUCUCCAUUAAGUAUUUACUGUUCUAGAUACUUGAUUGUUGACACUAAGAUGCAAUAUUUCCUUUACAAGCUAUACGAAAUUACAACAGGAUUUUUUGUUGAAAACACAAUUGUCGUAGCCCAAGGUGAAAUGCAAUUGGAUGGUGUAUUUAAGGUCAGAAAAUGUGGAUUUCCUCCUCUAGAAGACAGAGAAAAAUCCACUUCAAUCUUUUCAGGGAUUGAUUUCUUUGGUGCUGGUAUACUAACAAAUGAUGAAACUGUCAGACUUGCAGAGCUGGAAAAAAGAGCCGUGAAUGACAUGUUUAUCAUCCUCUCUGAUAUCUGGCUGGACAAUGAGGAGACUAUGAAAAAUCUGGAGAUUAUCCUCAGUGGUUAUGAAAAUUUAGAGGUAACUCCGUUGUUAUUCGUGUUUAUGGGAAAUUUCUGCUCUCAUCCAUGCAACCUCUCCUUCAAGUCUUUCGGAAGGCUCAGGUCACAUUUUGGAAAAUUAGGGGAACUUAUUGCAUCCCAUCCACGACUAAAGGACCACAGCCGGUUUCUUUUCAUUCCUGGUCCAGAUGAUGUUGGUCCUUCAACAGUCUUGCCUAGAUGCUGUUUGCCAAAAUACAUUACCGAAGAGCUUCAAAAGAAUAUUCCAACUGCCAUAUUCUCCAGCAAUCCAUGCAGAGUCAAGUUUUACACACAAGAGAUAGUAUUUUUCCGGCAGGACAUGCUCUAUAAAAUGCGCAGGUCAUGCAUAAUGGCACCUUCUACGAAAGAGACUAGUGAUCCAUUUGAGCAUCUUGUUGCUACUAUUUGUCACCAAAGUCAUCUAUGUCCCCUUCCUCUAACCGUGCAACCCAUUAUAUGGAAUUAUGAUCACAGCCUCCACCUUUAUCCUACUCCACACACGAUUGUUUUGGGGGACAAAAGCGAGCAGAAGGCAUUCAAGUUCAGCGGCGUUACUUGCUUCAAUCCUGGUUCCUUCUCCACCGAUGGCACUUUUGUGGCGUAUUGGCCUUGCGAUCGUAGAGUAGAGUUAUCAGCUGUGUGAGGAUCUACUUCUCUCUCGAGUGUUCAUUCAUUUCCAACAAUUCAGUUUAACAAUAAGCUUUUCGUGUUAGAGUUAUUUUGUGAGUUAUUUUGUAAAUCCAUCUAUGGAAGAAAAGAAUAUAUGUACUUUGUAAUACUUAGAGAAAUUCCCAAGACAGAUAGUUCAUAUGUUUGGACUGCUCUUUGCAACUGUUCUUUAACAUAAGAUAUGCUUACCGGCUGAGCUGAUUUCUGGGGCAAUUUUCUUGUCUUAGUAAAGGGAAAUGUGUUCGGGAUUUUUAAAUUGAGGGUUUUCUUUCAUCUUAGAUGUAUGAUUGUAUGGGCCAGGUUCCCUCUAAGCGUGUGAUUGUUGCCUCGCAAGUUCCAUUUGAGGAGAUGUUGCUUGAAGGAGAUUUUAUCUUUGAGAAUUGGCCCAUCUAAAAGGUGAACAAUACGUCUGCUGAAGAUAUUCUUCUGAUCCUAAAGUUAUGGAAGCCAGCUUUCAAUAGGAACUCCUUGAGGACUGGUAGAUGAAUGUAGCUAUUGAAUCUGCCCACAACAGCGUGAUGAAGCUUUUUCUCCAACAUAUCCUCUUCUUCUUUUGUAAAACUGACUGAUGGUGUGCCGUUGUAGAAACCUGAUUUAGUACCCACUGCUGCAGUAUUUGUAGCUUUGAAUAAAUCACUGAAGUGUUU